AUGCAAAAUGUGUCCCCAUUACCCACAUAUAUCGCGCUCGAGCGAAACCUCACCACCAUGUCUCAGACCGUGGUAGAGAGCUCCAGCUACGUCCCCGACACCUUUCACCAGGAGGAGGUGCCGGCCGGGUACGUGGAAGGACACAUCGGGGUCGACCAGCUUCGGAAAGCCAUACCCAAGCAUUGCUUUCAGCCGUCGCUCGCUCGAUCGCUGUCCUACGUCGUCCAGGACAUCGUGCUCCUGGUCGCGCCUCUUGCCGCCACUCUAUACCUCGAAAGACGGAUCGAUAAUGCGACAUACAAGUUCCUGCUCUGUGCCGUUCUCUAUCCAUUCGUCGUUGGAAUCCCCGGCAUGGGACUAUGGGUUCUUGGACACGAGGCAGGUCACGGCGCCUUCUGCAGCAAUCGCGCCCUCGGCGACGGCAUCGGCUUCCUCAUCCACUCGUUCCUGAUGUCGCCAUUCUUCAGCUGGCGAUCCACCCACUCGCGCCACCAUAUCUACACCAACCACCUUGGCAAGGACCACAUCUACGUGCCCCCCAAGAAAGAGGACUACACGGAGAUGCUGAAGGGCAAGGUCUCGGUUGAGGAGAUGACCGAAGAUGCACCGAUAGUGCUUGUCCUGCGGCUGCUUGUUCAGCAGGUCUGCGGAUGGCCUACGUACCUGUUCACACACAUUAGCUCCGGAGACAAGGCUGCCCUGCGACCGUCUACAUGGUGGGGUGGCAACAGCCACUUUGAUCCGUGGGGAACGCUCUUCCGGGCCGAUGAGUUCUGGUCCGUCGUGGCCUCGGACGUGGGACUGGUCGGCAUGUGCUUCAUUUUGUGGAAGCUGGCCGCCAUGUACGGCUGGUGGACGGUGACGUGGGCGUAUAUCCUGCCCCUGAUGUGGGUGAACCACUAUAUCGUCAUCAUCACCUAUCUCCACCAUACUCACCCAGAUCUACCCAAAUUCGCCGAGGGCUCCUGGACGUAUCUCCGCGGCGCCCUCAGCACCGUCGACCGCGACCCGGGUUUCGUCCUCAGACACCUGAUGCACCACAUUGUUGACCUGCAUGUUAUCCACCACCUGUUCCCCAAGAUCCCGCACUAUCACGCUCAGGAGGCCACCGAUGCCAUCCGUCCGCUCCUGGGCAAGUACUACCACCAGGACAACGGCCCUUGGUACGGUGCGCUAUAUGAGAACUUUCGGGAUUGCCGUUGGGUUGAGCCCGAUGCCAAUGUGCCGGCUAUGGAACGGAUACCCAAGGGGCGAGAUGCGCAAGCUAAUAGUAAGAGCACGGCUGCGGAUGGCAUUUAUUGGUAUCGCCCGGGGAACAUGAAGCGGCGUUGACGGGCUGGCAUAAUACCACCGCGCCUCUCUGGUCCUAGUAGCCUCAGGCUACAGUCGGAUCGCAUUUGCAUAGACGGUCAUGAUAUAGAGGUAUAGAGAAAAGGAAUGACCUGAGAGGACGGGUCGAUCAGCCCAAUCAAGCUCUCGGCUCCACGCUUCCGAUGUCGUACGAAUCGUUCCGAUCGCAACAUGGAGCAGCAGC